AUGCAUAAACGAGCAAUCCAAACUCUGCCGGACGUUUCCUCCAGCUUCCGUCGGACUGUCGCUCGAUGCAGGAGUAGCAGGGCGAACCAAAACGACGUUGACAAGCCGCCAAAGCUUAGGUCGAAUACUCCUCGCGCGCCGUCGAAACACGGCCUGGUCUCACACCCCAAGGACGGCCGGGGCCUCGUCUCUCAGCAACUGCGAAACAUAUUGUCUCCUACGGCAUGCGGAUGGCUAGAAGGCAAGGCUCUGAAAUCACAUGAUACGCCCAUCGACAAACCCCAUGGGAAACGGCAUAUAGCUCAUGCAUCUCAAGAGGAGGCGGAGUUUGUGAUGAAUGACACCUCGCACCAAGACUCGGACUUGGGGCACUCAGGUACGGACGUGGAUGCACUUCAAGAUCACAACACUCUACCUGUGGGCACGCUUGUAAAGCUACGAAAAAACAGCACCAUAUCCUUCGGUGUGGUUCUCGACACCUUCUUGCAGAAGCGGCAGCAAACCAUUACAAUACUCACCAAGCGCGGGGAAGUCUUGCCAAUCUCACCACACGACGUCACAUUCAGCGUCCCAGGUUUCGUCUCGGCGGAGAAGAUCGCGGAAUGCGGUCUCUCCGAAGUACCCGCCUCGACAGACGAAACGCGCGCGCGUGCGGAGGUUGCGCGCCCGGUGCUUCUCUUCCAGGUCGAGCUAGAACACGUGCAACAUCCCCUCACCCAAAAGGCACGGGAUAUCAACUUCCGUGAACUCGUGGCCCACAAGGACCGCAACACCUGGAAGACCAUCGCCCUUUCAGAAGCAGCGGAGCUGCUCCUCGGAAAAAGAAAAUUUACCGACAUCGAGCUCAUGGCCGUCCAGGAGUUCAUGCUCGACGAGUCGUUACACUUCCUUGCGCACACGAGAAGGUUCUCUCAGCAUCCUGUCUUCUGGAUCCGCCCACAGCAGGCCAUUGAAGACAUCGAAUUCGUUUGGGACUCAUUUCGUCGGAAAGCUCCUGCCUUGAAAACGUUCAUCGAGAAAAGCCGGAUGACAAUAGAGACGCUUCGUGAACGACGUACUGGAUCCUGGGGCGAACCUCCUACACGUCGCCCCUUCGAAGGAUUCCAGUGGACCGAUGACGAUCGCACCAUCCUUCGAUUUCUCAUUUCUUCUAUAGAACUCCGUCUUGGGAUUCAAGAGGAUCUUUACCGCGUCGCUCGGGCACUUCUUAUCAAGGCAACCGGCUUGUACGACCCCGACUGCUUCGACGAACACACCACUCGCGAGUUCCUUUCGGAUCUAGGUAGCAUCGCCCCCUGGGAGGAUCCGGUUUACCGUGCUAUGGACAAGGAACUACUUCCCCCUCCCAAAAUCGAACCCAACUCCAACACUCCCCUGCUCAGCAGCGCAUUUUCUCCAAGCAAAUUGUAUGCGCACGAUAUCGUGGAGUCUCUUCGUCAUGAUUUCGGGAAUCUUCCUGUUUUUGUUGUCGAUGAUUGGGGCGCAGAGGAGCUCGACGACGGCGUCUCAAUCGAGAGGACGUCCAAUCCAGAACAGGUGUGGCUUCACGUCCACAUCGCGGACCCCACCACCCGCCUUCCCCCAACGCAUCCGGCCUGUCAAGAUGCUCUGCGACAAGCCCAGUCGCGAUACUUCACGGAUCGUACCAUCCGCCUAUUCCAGCACGUCGACGAGGUGGCACACUUCAGUCUUGGCAGUCGUCCAGGAGAACCCGACGUGGCCAUGAGCUUCAGCACCUUGAUAGACCUCCCUUCGGGCCGCACCAUCAAAACUGAGGUCCGGCCAUCCAUAAUCCGAAACGUCCAACAGAUCAAGUACGAUGAUGUGGACAUAGCACUGGGUCUGACCCCGCGACUCGUUCAACAUCCGUUCGGUGUUUCUCGUCAGCACCCAGAGCGCGUCCCCAGGUCAAUCCCUGAAGACCAGUUGCAAGACAUGAAAUUACUGGUCGAAGUUACACGUGCCUUGGUCCGGCGCAGAGUUUCACAAGGCGCGUUGUUUUGGACAUUCAACAUUGCAGAGGUCUCCAUAUCUCCUCGACCUCUCUCGGACGAUCUGCGUGGCGUUCUGACCCCCUCCGAGUUCCGCGGCUUCCCUUCUGCCUCCUACUCCAUCCCUCUCGUCGCUGGGUUCAACGCGCGCCAGAUGAUCGCCGAGUGUAUGCUUUCCGCAGGGCGUGCCGCGUCGCGCUUCUUCGCCGAGCGCGGCGUGCCCGCCGUGCGGCGCAUCCUGGGCCCUCUGACCGCGAACUCUCCCCGAAGCCUUGCAGAGGCCUUCGCUGCCCGUAACGAGAUUGGCCAGUUGGACCCCUACCAGAUCAUCCACGCUGGCGUAGCAACUCCUGCGGGUACUUACUCGACCGAACCCGGCCCCCACCAUAUGCUCGGCAUCCUCAGAGACGAAGGCUACAUGAAAGUGACCUCGCCUCUCCGCCGCUUCGAUGAUCUCAUCGCGCACUGGCAGAUCAAACACGCGCUCCUUUCUCCCGACCGACCGAUCCUCUUCGACGCGACGUGGCUCUCGCGCGCCGCGGAGAGCCUUGAGCUCGCGGACCUCAGCGGGCGCCGUCUCGAGGAGCGUAGCAACGGUUUCUGGGCGCGCGCGUACAUCAAAUGGUGGAUGGAGGGCCCGCGCAAGACGCAUACGGGUGAAGACCCACUGAAGAACCUGACGGGGCGCGUUGUCGACCUCCCCUCGGGAGUGACGUUCAGCGAGGCUCAAAGGAUACGCGUUUUCGUCGAGCAGCUGGGGCUCAUGGGCAUGUUGCAGGCGGAGGCGGGCGACUUGGCGCACCUGUCGAUGGGCGACGAGGUUGCGGUGGAUAUCAAGCGGGUGGAUCUUGGAGUGAUAUCAGCGCUCAUUUUGAAGCUGCGCUGA